AUGGAAAGAGGUAACUACACACUGUUGACUGAGUUUAUCCUGACAGGAAUUCCCUACCCACUCAAGUUAAGGACAUUCCUUUUUGUGUUCUUUUUACUCAUCUACAUCCUGACCCAGCUGGGAAACCUGCUCAUCCUGCUCACUGUUUGGGCAGACCCUCAGCUCCAUGCCCGUCCCAUGUACAUCUUCCUUGGGAUUCUCUCCAUCAUUGACAUGGGCAUCUCGUCCAUCAUUGUCCCUCGCCUCAUGAUGACCUUCACUUUAGGCAUCAAACCCAUCCCAUUUGGUGGCUGUGUGGCUCAGCUUUAUUUCUAUCACUUUCUAGGCAGCACCCAGUGCUUUCUCUAUACCUUGAUGGCCUAUGACAGGUACCUUGCAAUAUGUCGACCUUUGCAUUACCCAGUGCUCAUGACUACUAAACUGAGUUUCUUGCUUGUGGCUGGUGCUUGGGUGGCUGGUUCCUUCCAUGGAGCACUCCAAGCCAUUCUAACCUUCCGUCUGCCAUACUGUGGAUCCAACCAGGUAGAUUACUUCUUCUGUGACAUCCCUGCAGUUUUGAGGUUGGCCUGUGCUGAUACCACAAUCAACGAACUGGUGACUUUUGUGGACAUUGGAGUGGUAGUUGCCAGUUGCUUCUCCCUGAUCCUACUGUCCUAUGUUCAGAUCAUUCAGGCCAUUCUGCGGAUCCGUACAGCUGAUGGGCGGCGCCGGGCCUUCUCUACCUGUGGAGCUCACAUAACUGUGGUCACUGUAUACUAUGUGCCCUGUGCGUUUAUCUACCUGCAGCCUGAAACCAAUAGCCCCCUAGGUGGAGCAGCUGCUCUGUUCCCCACAGCCAUCACUCCUUUCCUCAACCCUCUCAUCUACACUCUGCGAAACCAGGAGGUGAAGCUGGCUCUGAAGAGAUUGGUAUGUAGCUCACAAAAAAGCUCAGGGACAGCACCCAGUCCCUGA